GCUUCCUUCCCGCACACCACCAUCUCUGCCCGUCCAUCCUGUCGCUGCUCCGGCUCGCAGCGCCUUUGCUCCUCGCGCGCGCCUCGCUGCUGCCCACUUGGCGCGCCAUGUCGGCCGCCGCGCCUGCGCAGCCGCGCAAGCCCAAGCGCCAUCCGCUCCUCACAAAGGCCCUCUACGCGCCCGCCCUGCCCGCGCCGCUGCUGCCGGCGCUGGCGCUGCGCUCGCUCGACGUCGCACCCGUCGGCGCAGAAGAGAGCGAGAGCGAGUCGGAGGAGGACAGCGACGACGAUGACGACGAUGAAGACGGCGACCGGCGCUCGGCGCGGGCCGCCGCGUCCGUCUCGCGCGAUGCCUUCUACUGGUUCGUGACGCCAACGCCUGCCGCCGCUGCCGACGGCGCGGAGGCACCGCCAGUGCUGGAGCAGACGCAGCUCGGCAUCUACCGCGCGCUGCUGCCCAAGACGCUCAACUUCGCAUCCGACCAGGCCGACCUCGCCGCACUGCAGGCGCGCCCGCUCGGCACGGCCGACCUGGCCGCGCUGCAGCGCGCUGCCGGCGGCACGCCGCUGCGCAAGCUCAAGGGCGGGCCGGCUGCAGACGAGGCGGCGCAAAUGCUCGGCGCAUCUUUCAUGGAUGGCAGAGCGCUGCUCGCGGGCGCAGUCACUGAGGAGAGCUCGGACAGCGAGAUGGGACACUCGGACGCAUCGGACCACGAGGAGGCCGCCUCGUCGGCAGGCGGCUCGUCCAUCCGCUCGCUCGCGCCGCCGCCGUCGCUGCGCUCAUGGACGAUAAUCCUGCUCGGCGGCGGUCACUUCAGUGCCGCCAUCGUUGCGCUGAACCCGGCGCCCACUCCGCCUUCGAAGCGUACCGGCGCGUCCGACCAGCGCUUCAUCGUCCUGGCGCACAAGGCCUUCCACCGCUACACGACACGCAAGAAGCAGGGCGGCGGGCAGGCGGCGCAGGAUGCGACAGGUCGCUUCGCCAAGUCGGCCGGUGCACAGCUUCGUCGCUACGGCGAGCAGGCACUGGCCGAGGAGAUUCGCGAGCUGCUGGCCUCCAAGCCGUGGCGCGAGGGCAUCGGCGCCAGCGAGCGCGUCUGGGUGCGCGCCGGCAAGCGUGCCGCACGCGGCAUCCUCUGGAGCUGGGCCAGCGCAAAGGAGACGUCGCCGCUGGAGGCACCGCGCAGCUCGGGCGCGCUGCAGACGAUUCCUUUUGCGACGCGCCGGCCGACAGUCGGCGAGGCGCUGCGCUGCUUCGCCGAGCUGACGCGCGUCAAGGUGCGCCACGAGACGGACGAGGAGCUUGCGGCGCGCGACGCUGCAUACCGCGCGCAGAUCGAGGGCGGCGCCCGCGAGCGCGACGAGCGGCGACAGCGCGAAAAGGAGCGGCAGAAGCGCGAGCGCGAGAAGCUGGAGCGCAUCGAGCGCGAAAAGGCCGAGCAAGCAGCGGCAGUGCUCGAGCCCAAGGAGGCCCUGCGGCGCGAUCGCCUCGAGCGCCUCGUCGAGAUGCUGCGCAAGGGCCGCGUCACGGCUGCCGUCUCGCACCUGGCCAAGUACGAGCGCGACCUGCUGCGCCUGGCGGGCUGGGACGUGGAGCCGGACAGCGAGCCAGACGACGCCGACGAUGCAGCGGCGCUGUCGCAGCGGCGCAUCAACGCGCCAUUGCCCGACUGGUGGCGCCUCGAGGAUGCGCGCGACAAGGGCCUCGUGCGCGCGUCAGGCGACGCUCCGCCAGUGCCGGACAACCCGACAGCGUCGCAGCUGGUGCCGUCGACGAUCCUGCAGCUCGCCGCCGAGGGCGGCCACGAGGAGGCGGUGCGCUAUCUGCUCGUCGAGCGGCGCGCCGACCCGACGCUGCCAGUGCUGCCGCCGCCCGGCGUGGCUGGCGCCGCGGUGCACCGCACGGCGUACGACCUCUGCUCCUCGCGGGCAGCGCGCGACGUGUUCCGGCGCCUCAUGGCGGCGCAGCCGGAGUGGUACACGUGGGACAGCAUGGAGGCGGGCGGCGCACGCGUGCCGUCGGCGCUGACGGGCGAGAUGGAGGAGAGGCAGCAGGCCAAGGUCAAGGACCGGCGCACGGCGCUGCGCGAGAAGGCCAAGGCGCGCGAGGCGGCCGCCGCGGCGAAGGAGGCGGCCAACCCGACGCCGGCGCCGCCACCCGCACCGGAGCCCGUCGCUCCGGUCAAGGAGAGCAGCGCCACCAAGAACCGCCUUGGCGGCGCCCCUCCUGCUCGCCUAAUGCAGCAGCGCGACGAGCAGGCCGGCCUCUCGCCGGAGAUGCGCGCGCGCAUCGAGCGCGAGAAGCGCGCACGCGCCGCAGAGGCACGCUUCAAGGCGCUGCAGGGCGGCGGCGGCGCGCCCUGAGCAUCGCACUGCAAUAGAGACAUACCUCGC